UAACAUUAAUUAUGAAUGCGAAUUGAAGGCUGUAUGUUAUUAAACAGGUUUAUUAAAGUUAUAAUUGAAUGUAGUUCUUUUUGCAGUCUACUGAAUACUGAUCGUGUUUUUGAUGCAGACUGGGCAAAAACCAUCAGCCGCAGCUGGGAAUCCACCCAUUAUGUGACGUCACGGGUCUCUGACAAGCUGGUGGUGCCGACACCGGAAGAAAAGAUGGCGGAUCAUGAGGAGCAGCUAUCCGACGAGGAAAAGGUACGCAUAGCAGCCAACUUUGUCAUCCAUGCCCCGCCAGGAGAGUUCAAUGAAGUUUUCAAUGAUGUGCGAUUGCUGCUCAACAAUGACAAUCUUCUCAGGGAGGGUGCAGCACAUGCAUUUGCACAGUAUAACUUGGACCAGUUUACCCCUGUGAAAAUUGAGGGCUACGAAGAACAGGUCUUAAUCACAGAGCAUGGUGACCUUGGGAAUGGCCGAGUCCUGGACCCAAAGAACAAGAUCUCCUUCAAGUUUGACCACCUGAGGAAGGAGGCCAACGACCCACGACCUCAUGAUGUUGACGGCUCCAUUGAAGGCUGGAGGAGUGCUGUGGACUCGGCCGUGAGAGCCUACGUUAAGGAGCACUAUCCCAGUGGAGUGUGCACCAUUUACGGGAAAACCAUCGACGGACAUCAAACCAUCAUCGUGUGCAUCGAGUGCCAUCAGUUUCAACCCAAAAAUUUCUGGAAUGGACGCUGGAGAUCAGAAUGGAAGUUUACCAUCUCCCCCUCCACCACUCAGGUGGCAGGAAUCAUGAAAAUCCAGGUUCAUUACUAUGAGGAUGGAAAUGUUCAGCUGGUGAGCCACAAGGAGGUUCAGGAGUCCAUGUCGAUUUCUAACGAGGCUACAACAACUGCUAAGGAGUUUGUUAAGAUCAUGGAGGCUGCAGAGAAUGACUAUCAGACGGCCAUCAACGAGAAUUACCAGACCAUGUCGGACACUACCUUCAAAGCCUUACGCCGCCAGCUUCCUGUGACACGCACCAAGAUUGAUUGGAACAAGAUUCUGAGCUACAAGAUUGGAAAGGAGAUGCAAAACGCUUAAACAGCAGACGGGAGUACAGACAGAUGACCCCACCCCUCCCCCUCCCAAACAACGUUGCAUGACUGGAUAGUUGUAUCGUCUUUGUACAAAAAUUAGAGAAAACAGGCAAAGAAAGGUUUGGUCUCACAACCAGACGUCGUUACACCGGAUGACUUCCUUUCUCUACAACCACCGUUAACCCUCUGUGUACCAGAGCUACCCGGAUUAGAUUUGGGGAUACAAAUAAGGAACCAUUGGAAAACAUAGGAAAGAGAGCUAAACAUCUGUAUGCAACAUGUGCAGGAUGGGUUGUUUGAGCGAGACCAUGCCUUUAGUUUGACCUGAUGAAAAAACGGUUUGAAUUUGCGAUUGUGGUGAAAACAAAUCAGUUUUGGGAGAAUUUUUAUCUUUAUUUAGAAAAAGAGGUCAGAUAAUAAACAAGUCCCUCCACUUCACUGUUAAUGGAUGCAGUCAAGUACAGAAAACAAAAAAUAACACACUCUAAGGAAUAUUUAGUGUUCAUUGACUGGUAUUUUUGGCACAAUCAGCCGUCAUUGACAGCCACUCACUGUUCUUGGUCCCUGUUUUGGUACUUCCCUCCUCUGUUCUGUAUGUGAGAUCUCAAAUUUUCUUCUGACGACUAUAUCUGAACUACUCAGCGCAGAGUGUUCUGACCACCUAACACGCUUCAUUAACAAGACAUGAGUCGCUAAAUAAUGUGCAUAUUGUCCAAUUUACAAUAAAAUCAACAAGUAUCACUUCCUCCUCCAGUGCUUAUUUUUAUGAAAACAUGAACCUGACUGUAUUAUAUACCAAGGCACAUUGUAAUAUAUACCUGUAUGAAACAUCCUGUCUGUCAGUUUGGUGAUUUAUUUCCAUGAGAGUAAUUGUAAUUCAGUCACAAUUAUGUUGGAUUAAAUGACAAAUUUUCUA